UGAAGGCAUCCAUAGUGUCUACAGUGUAAUUGACUUUCUGGGACCUUGACUGCAUCGUGGCAUUCCCCAGCUGGCCUUCUAUUCAGCAUUGCCCUGGAAAUGAAAGCAAAGAGGAAUGAUUUACAAGGUUUUCAGGAUGAAUCUGGAAAAACUCAGCAAACCAGAACUACUGACGCUGUUUAGCAUUCUGGAGGGAGAGUUGGAAGCAAGGGAUCUUGUCAUAGAAGCCUUAAAGGCCCAGCACAGGGACACCUUCAUUGAAGAACGCUAUGGAAAGUACAACAUCAGUGAUCCAUUAAUGGCUUUGCAGAGAGAUUUUGAGGCCCUGAAAGAGGCGAAUCAUGGCGAAAAGCAGCCAGUGUGCUCCAACCCCUUAUCCAUCCUGAAGGUGGUGAUGAAACACUGCAAGAAUAUGCAGGAAAGAAUGUUAUCCCAACUAGCUGCUGCAGAAAGCAGGCACAGAAAGGUGAUCCUGGACCUGGAGGAGGAGAGGCAGCGACAUGCCCAGGACACAGCAGAGGGGGAUGAUGUCACCUACAUGCUGGAGAAGGAACGGGAACGACUCACCCAGCAGCUGGAGUUUGAAAGAUCCCAGGUUAAGAAGUUUGAGAAAGAACAGAAGAAACUCUCGAGUCAAUUGGAGGAGGAGAGGGCACGCCACAAGCAGCUGUCCUCCAUGCUUGUUGUAGAGUGCAAGAAAGCCACUGCCAAAGCAGCAGAAGAGAGUCAGAAGACGGCAGAACUGAGCUUGAAACUGGAAAAAGAGAAGAGCAAGGUGAGUAAGCUGGAGGAGGAGCUGGCAUCCAAGAGGAAGCGGGGCUUACAGAUGGAAGCACAAGUAGAAAAGCAGCUUUCGGAGUUUGACAUCGAAAGAGAGCAGCUGAAAGCCAAGCUGAACAGGGAAGAGAACCGUACAAAAGCACUGAAAGAAGAAGUGGAAUCGUUGAAGAAAGCCCUGAAAGAGCUGGAGGCUGCUUGCCAGGAGCAUGGUCCUGCUGAGCCUUCACAGCCAAGUCUCUCUGUGAUGUCCAGAGGGGUUGCUACUGACAGCCCUGCCAUCAAGUCUGUGUCAUGCCAGACAGAGUUUCCACAAGCAGACCGAGCAAAUCCUGCUGGUGCAAGCAAAGCUGUGCACGCUGCAUUUCCCAGCCCUCCUACACCUACUCAUUCCUAUGCGAAAUCCAAUGGCCAUUGUGAUACAGACGUGCAAACGGGUGGGGAGGUGCUGCAGACAAAUACCCCGGAGAGCCAAGUGCAGAAGGAGAAACCCACUAGUGCAACACCAGAGAACACAGUUGAGAAUGGAAGUUCUCCCAUAAGAACGGAGUCCCCGGUGCAUCUGCCGUCCCAGCUCCCUUCCAGCGGGGUAUCCCUGUCUCCCAGCAGCACAGCUGCCUCCUCCCUCACACCUUCUCCAUGCUCCUCACCCGUUCUUAGCAAACGCCUGGUGGGAGCUCCUGCAGGCAGCCCAGGUUACCAGUCCUCCUACCAGGUGGGGAUCAACCAGCGCUUCCACGCAGCUCGGCACAAGUUUCAGUCUCAAGCUGAACAGGAUCAUCAGAUCAGCGGCCUGCAGAGCCCACCAGCAAGGGAUCUGUCUCCUACCCUAGCAGAUAACUCUGCUGCCAAGCAGCUGGCACGCAACACGGUCACUCAGGUCCUGUCCAGAUUUACCAGCCAGCAGGGCCCCAUUAAGCCGGUCUCCCCUAACAGCUCACCUUUUGGCACAGACUAUCGAAAUCUGGCAAAUGCCGUGAGCCCUAAAAGUGAAUCUGGUCAUUCUCCAGGCCCUGCCAAGGUUUCCAGCCCUCUCAGCCCAUUGUCUCCAGGGAUUAAGUCACCAACCAUCCCUCGAGCGGAAAGAGGGAACCCUCCACCCAUUCCUCCAAAGAAACCAGGCCUGGCUCAGUCUCCUGCUGCUCCCACUCCACUCACCAAAGCCUCAUCCCAGUCAUCCUCCCUGGGUGCCCCCACGGACGUGGCAAGCAGUUGCUCCAACAAUACAGUGGUGUCCAAUGGCAAAGACAUUGAGAUCCUCCUGCCAACCAGCAGCUAGUCUCCAGCAGAUGUGAAUGUGACAUUCCGUGGCUUAGCAUGCUAUAGAGCUGAGGCACUGUUUUUUUCCACUCCGUGUUAUUUAUUUCCAUAGUAGCAGAAUCUGUCUGUACAAAGCAUUUAGUAUAUAUAUAUUUUUUUCCUUUUUUUUAAUAGGUAGGAAAAUAUUUUUGUUUAUGAAGAAACCUUAACUACAGCUAUAUACAGUAGCCUCAAAAUGCCUCGUGGCAACAGGCAGAUCAAUAACAAGAACCUUAACCCUGCACUGGAUCUAUCAAGCAAAAAUGGGACUGAAAUGCUACUUAGGAACUAAGCAGAAAUGGCUUCUGCAGACUUUAUGCUCCAGAUGAACGUUUUAUAUAUAUAUAAAAAAAGAAAACAAAGUGCCUGAACUUAAGUCUGCAUUCCAAUAUGAAUGUGAUCCUUUGGAAAAGGUGAGGAUGGGGACCAUCGAGCUGCAGGAUCAAAUCCUUCUGUGAGUCGUGAAUGUUUUAGGACGACACUGUUGUUGAUUCUUUCCAUUUGCUGCAGUUAAGGUGGCAAAAGUCUUAUGGAUUCUAUAAGGUGAGCACCAAACUACUGCGGCAGCCACAGGCACAGUGCAUCCCUCAGGACGGCUCCUGGGGGCUUUGGGAAGCAACACAAGUUCACUUGGGGUAGAACUGAGCAAUACAACCCACUUUCCUUUCUUGUAUGUGAGGGCAGUGAGGUGCUGGAACAGGUUCCCCAGUGGUCAGGUUGGCUGUGCCCUAUUGAUGUGCUGGGAGGCUCCCAGCCCAGGGCAGGGGUUGGUACCAGGUGGUCUUUAAGGCCCCCUCCAACCUCUGAGCCAUUCUAUGGUUCUUCAUUCACUUUCCAAGCAGGUUUUAUUUGCUUUCCUAUUGCACAUCCUGCGUGCUUUGAUGGCUGAACUCCAAGUUCUGGUGUGUCCCUUUGAAUUUCCACUUUCUUUAAGCAUUCUACUGUUGUGUGUAGAACUUCUGAGUAAAAGGAUCUUGCUAUUACUUGAUCAAGGUCUUGCUAUUACUUGAAAACAAGAGAACCAAAACACUACUCCAUAUGAUACAGGUGUUUUUAUUCUAUUGCAACGUGGGACCUUCUGCUCUACACAAAAGCAAUAAUUUUGUUCAUCAUUUGCUCCCAUGGCAUCUGACUGACCUGGAUCUUAAACAGGAGGAAGCUGUGGGUGUUUUGGCUUUCAAUGGCUGCUGCAAAAUGGGAACCAAAUAAUUGCUGUCCUGUGUGUAGGUAGCCUCACACAUACACAUAUUAAGUACACAGUGUGUUAUCCAAGUCUGUUCUUGAGCCUUUGCUGGAUAAGAAGAGAGCAGGGGCAUUCUCUGAGCUGAGAAAUGGUUCAGAGCAAGGGGAAUGGGUGAAGUCUGAGGGAAAUCCUUAGCACAAAAAGCAGAGUGGGCCCAAAUGGGGCAGAGCAGCUGCUGCUGUGCAGGAUGUGCAGCCCUCACUGUGUUGCUCUGCCUUCAUUCUACAUGCAAUGCUUGGCUCCACGCAGUGAGUGUUGCCUGUGGGUGAUGCUGAGUUAAUUUCUCAGGUGUUGGCUGUGAGCUCAUCCCGCAUUCAGAAGCAGCAUCAGGUUGCCUAUAACCAGAGCUGCUUUCUCCUUCGGCCUCAUUCAAUAUUUAAUUAAACAAAACACGUCCCACUUUGCCAUAGGAAAAACACCCACGGCGGCUGGGAGGAUGCACUGCUGUACCUUAAUGGGUUCCCUCCAGCUUUGGGUCUCCCUUUAUAGGACUUCAGAGCCGUGUGCUGCUUUGAAGUGGCUGUUGCCUGCAGUGCCCCUGCUGUCCUCCCUGCACAGACAUUCAGGUCCAUACCCACCCAGCAAUAGCCCUUCAAGUCGUGCUGUUGUGUGCCAUAGUUCUGAAGCUCUGGGAGCAGCAGCAGCCCUUUGGGAAGCACAUUUACUGCUCUUUUUAAUAACUCAUAGCAAAGAUUUGUUAUUUUCCUCUCGGUGAGUGUAAUUCUAGAGAUGGAUGGGCAGAUGGAUUCAGGCCCACGUGUGGCUUUUGAUUCAAAAGCAAGGCUUUGUAUACACUGCUUUAACAACGUUCCUUUGCUUUUACAUUGAUGUAAAUUGUAUAACCCCCCCUCCUUAUAGCUCUAUAGAGAGAAUAUGAUGAAGUUUAUUAGGAAAUGCACUGAGUACCGUUUCUUCUACAAUAUACUAUGGGAAGGGGCCUGCAGAAGAAUGUAUUUUUGCUAUCAGCUGAUCUUUGGGGGGGGAGGGAGGGGGAAUUAAGCACAAAGAUGGCAGUGGCUGCAAUUAACUCAGUGAGGAGCUUAAAGGUAGAACUGUCCAUGUAGAUUCUGUGUGAAAGCAGCUAAAUAUCACUCCUAGAGCUCACACCUGUUACAAGCAAGAGCUGUCACUGGAGAAUGGAGUAUAAUGAAGUGCAAAGGCGUGUACCCUAGUAUUAAUCCAUUAACACCUGUACAUUUGUAAAGCCAAGCUGAAGUCUUUAAUCAUUGUUUUUAUAGCUGACGGCAUUAAACGUGUUAAACAUUCGUAUGAUCAAUAAAGGAUUUUAUUUUUAACAUUUA